CUCCCCCCUCUUUCUCUCUCUCUUUCUCUCUCCCCUCUCUCUUUCUCUCUCUCCCCCUCUCUCUCUCUCUUUCUUUAUCUCUCUCUCUCUCCCCCCCUCUCUCUCUCCAGCCCAUAGGAAUAGAAUUACUGUACUAUUCUAAUUCUAGUAAUUCCCCUGCUAUACCCAGGCCACUGAUUAUGAUUAGUGGUAGUCAUGCGUUAGGAAAAACAGUGAUCUGCAAUGUUCUGGACGAUGAGCCACUUACUUCCAGAGAUCAACUGGCGAAAAAGCUGGUUUAUCCUCUAACUCUCUACCCUCUGAACGAUGCCCCUGGCUUGCUCCACCACGUGAUCACAUUCACCACAGCAGCACUGGAGAGACGGGAAAGAGAGAGAGGGAGACAGAGAGUAGCACUGAAUAGAGGGGGGGAGUGGGAAGAGCGAGUGGGAGGGAGAGAGAGAGAGAGGGGAGAGACAGAGAUCAGCGCUGGAUAGAGAGAGAACAGAGUGCUCCAAGUGAAAGUAACGGAAUAGAUGUUCACUGCUCCUCUCUUUCCUUAAUCCCCAUGUUUAUGGGUUCAGCCCUCUCUGUAUGUAACCCCUCCCCCACUGUGUUAUCGCUGUGUAUCAUCACUGUGGCAUUUAGUUUAUUUAAUACCUUGCUCCUGCCCGUCCCUGCCUGACUGGCUGUAAAUAUGGUAACUGGCACACUGACCAAACUGCAGCUAAAGCCACUUCUUGAAAUUGUCUGUGUCCCUAUUCUUUAUUUAGUGCACUGCUUUUUACCAGAGCACACUAUUCCCUAUUUAGUGCACUGCUUUUUACCAGAGCCCUCUGGCACCCUAUUCCCUAUUUAGUGUCCUGCAUUUUACCAGAGCCCUCUGGCACCCUAUUCCCUAUUUAGUGUCCUGCAUUUUACCAGAGCCCUCUGGCACCCUAUUCCCUAUUUAGUGUCCUGCAUUUUACCAGAGCCCUAUGGGAUUGCAAACAUGGUGACUGGCCCACUGUCGAGGCUUCAGCAACUUCCUGAAAUUGUACUUCUGUUUCCAUGUUGCAUUAUUGUCCUGGGAGGAAUUACAUUUCAGGAAGUUAUCUUUAAAAAAAAAAAAGUAUUACUUUCAUAACGUGGUUUUACCCGAGUGACUUUUUCAUUACCGCCCCUGCUAUUGACAUACAGCAGUUUUGUCGGUUUGUGUGUAUGUCUCCUGUUGUGUUAGUGUGCCACUACCCAACCACUGUAACAUGGCGUUAUUGUGCUGUUAAUAAACACUUCGUUUACUGCUUUAAUGACCACCGUCUGUUCUGUUCUUCAUUUGUAUUUACUGUUUCGUUUUUUUUGUUGCUGCCAUUUGAUAAAAUCAAUAAACCACUCCUGAUUUACUGUAGGCAUGUGUUGUUGUUGUUAUUGUUGUAGGGUUAUCUAGUAUUACAGUAUUAAAGACAGUCCCGGUGACUUUAGGGUCUAGUCUACUUUUCAAUGCAUUUGAUAUUUUAUUGCCAUGCUCCGUCUGUAUCGCACGUAAUCGAGAAAGUAAACUGAUUUAUGACGUAAUUUACGUAAUCAAAACGUAUCGCUCGAAAACCUAGACCAGAGCCACUAGUUUAGGUCUAUAUCGCCAUGCCAUAGACCAUCAAACUACUUAUGAAUUAAUUCGUCGUGAGAGAGUUCAACAGAAUCGCACCACAUUGAGAUAGUCCUCUCUUCCUGGGUGAUUUGGGUGAUCCUAACCCCUUGCGGAAAGUCGAGAUGCCCGUGUACCGAGCACUGCUGGGCGCUGGCAUCCUGGGUGAGGAUUGCGAUGAUGAAGAUGACACAGAUAAGGAACUCCUGUCCUUCUUGCCCGACCUGGACGAGAGGCGGUGGCGCCGUGAGCAGAUCAACAAGAUCAGAGACUUCCUGAACUCAGCUGUGGCGAGGGAGACAGACCUCACACUACUACUGGACUGGCUCACCGAAGCACAGGAGUCACUACAGACGUUUGAGAACGAGAGAGCUACAAAGAAAGAGGGGAACGAGGAGGAACAGGAGGAGGUUACAUCAGAAUGGAUCGAAGACAUACAGAGAAAGUUGGAGACGUCUAUCAAUGAUACGGACGGCUGCAUUCACCGCCUACGUGGCCUCUGCCAAGGCCUCUUUGAUACCGACGUGAAAAAAAAGACCAAGAAGGAGGAAGCUGCUCUGAAUAAGGGUGUGUGGCGCUGGUGGAGGGAGCAGAAGGUGGAUGCACGGACCAUCAAACGAAUCCAGGAGCUCCAGCCUCCUGCUGCAGACGUAUUUCUAUCGGACGUCAACCUGGCCACCAAGUCUGCCACGGAGCUGUCCUUCAUGGUCUUAGACGUAGCCAAGGCACUAGGCUGCAACAAGGCAAUGAGUCUGGCCUUUAAGUUCGUAACGGUAGGGCUGCAGAACCUUAACCAAGCAUUCCAGGAGCGCACCAAGGAAGCCAGGAAGCUUCUGGCACAGGUGGAGGAGCUGCAGUCUAUGGACUGUCGCUUCCAGCUGGCCCAGAUAAAGAUCCAAGUGGGAGACAGUCAAAUCAAGAUGACCAAGAUGGAGGAUGAGCUUUCAUCAGUCAAGGAGCAGAACAAUAUUCUACUGUUCCAGAUCCAACAGUUGCAGGAGAACCCGAAACAUCCACAGCCGAAACAGCAGAUAGUGGUCGUUGCUCCCACAAAAUACGUACAGGGAGCGCCAGUUCUCAACAAUCAGCUGGUUCCGCAACCAACUCCCAAGCUUAAGUACUCCAAACGGAGGCCAAAACCAAAGCCGGAGCCAAGCCAGCCUGUUGGCGAAGAAGUGGAAGAAGUGGAGUCUCUGGAAGACAUCUCAGUGGAUCCAGAAGACAUCAUCGAGCAGGUGGAGAGGAAGAGCAUGGAUCUUCUGGAGGCCAUCCAGAAUUCCGAGCAGUGUGUGGUGUCGAUUUCUGGUGACAAGGACAAGGGGAAAGAUGGUGAGCUGCAAGAAGGGAUGGAUGUCGCCAGCAGAAAAGCCAAGGCAGCUGAUAUCAUCAAGCUGUACUGCGAUCUACAGAGGUCCAUCAGAGACUCUUUUAAUGACAUGAUCACGCAGCUACAGGGGAAGUUUGACGAUGACAUCAUAGGCGUGCCGCUCAUGGACAACGACAACAAACUGGACGAAUCAGCGUUCUGGGACUCAACCCAGAGAACCCCAGGAGACACGCUGAAGGAGAUCAGCAAUGAGAUACAGAACCAGGACCGCACGGUGAAGGAUGUGGGAGCAAACAAACAAGCGCUCUUUGACUUGGAAGGUAAGAAGACUUUGUCAAACGUCAAGGGAAAGAGUCGUCACCACUCCCUGAACAUCAUCAUGGACCAGUUCAAGAACCUCAACGAGAUGGGCAAGAAGCAGGUGACAGAGAAGCAGAGGAGACCCAGAAGAUGUUCUAUCCUCGUGCAGAAGACCCAGAAACGCAUCCCCGUGAAGAUGGCCGAGUCCAGGUCGUGGACAGACCAUGUGGAACGCUACAGCUCAGACAUGACGUUGGAGGCGGACACGUUGAUGAAGAGUCGCAUGGUGGGAGUGAACCACAUCUUCCACGUGGAAUCCCAGAGGUCCAACUUGAAGCUGCUCCACCAGGCUGUGGUGAACAGGCAUAUCUCCCCACAGCUCUACCGCAUGCUGAAGGACAUAAUCAUCCAGACACUGAGCAGUGUGGAGAACAGACUACUCUGUCUUAUCAGGAGGUUCAUAAAGCACAAAGCUCUGCAGCACGUCAGAAACAAUCUGAAUGCUAGACUGCUCUUGGCGCGUGACAUGAGCGAUGGACAGGAGGCCAAGGACUUGUACAAGUCCCUAGAAAGACUGGACGUGCACCAAUCUACUAUGACGAGGCAUUGGUCUGAGAAGCAAACUUCCAUUGAACUGACACGGACCAGAUGCCUGGCGCACAUGCUCUACCUCUUCAGUCAGCUGAGAGUGGACUACAACUUGCAUCUGGCCACUCCGGUCCCAUGCAACACCAGCCAGGAUCUGCCCCAUCCCAUCAUGACGGUGGUGCCUACCAAACUACAGUGGUCUCUGAGGCCCAGUCCCAGCUCCAAUCUUCCAUCAUCCCUGUCACUGGAACGUCUAGCCCCAUCUUCACUCCAAACCCCACCAUCCACACACCUAUACCCACCUACACACCUCGAUUCGCCUGCACAACCACACCCGUCGUCAUUGGCACACCAUCCCCCAUCUUCCCAGGUGCACUUACCACCACCUUUACCUGAGACAUACCCAUGGAGCAGUGUCCACAGCCAAAAAGAUCAAGGCAAGAUGAAGACUCUGUGGCAGGCAGACAAGACGAUGCGCUGCAUGUGGCUGGCCAGGAAGAUCCCAGCCGGCACCUCUAACAUCCACUGUAUCCCACGCCUGCUGGAGAUGGACGUCAACCGAGGAAGAGUCAGCGCAAUGCGCACCCUGCACGCUAGGAUGACUGGGACAUUCUCUCGGAUGAAAGAGUAGCUUUUCAUCAGGAAACGGAUCUGAAUAGGAUAUAACAUGUAAAUGUUAUACAAGGCAAAUGGAGCCAGCUAAGGCAAUAAAACAAAUCAAUCAUGAACACUGAAUGACUGUAACUUGUUACAUUGACAUCCACACCUUAGAUGAUUCAAGGGAUUGGAAUAGAAUUGUCCUUGUGAGAGUUAUUGCCAGACCUGGGUUCAAAUAGUUUUUGAAAUCUUUCAAAUACUUUUAGCCUUUUCUUUAGCCUGCCUGGAGAGCCAGAUGGACAGGGCUGAUCUUUUGUAACUAUUCUAUUGUUUCCCUUGCACCAGCUAAUCUCAAUCAAGUUCAGCUAAAUUAUUUGAAAUUAUUUCAAAUAGUGUUUGAACCCAGGUUUGGUUACUGCAUCCAAAGUCUCAUAUGUUCUCCUGCCAAUUCUAAAAAGUACUCUAUAAAAAAAGAUAACAAAUGACCAAGCUAGUCAUGAUUUAUUAAAUCAACCUUUCUUUAUUGACAAUAUCAGUGUGAAGAUAAGAGGAGCAGGGCAGAGAUUGGAUGAGUCCAAUCCAGUUAAAUAUAAACACUGCCACAACAAGCAGAGAUGGGACACUGUCCAAUCCAGUUAAAUAUAAACACUGCCACAACAAGCAGAGAUGGGACACUGUCCAAUCAGGAUGAAUACAAAUACUGUCACAACAAGCAGAGAUGGGACACUGUCCAAUCAGGAUGAAUACAAAUACUGUCACAACAAGCAGAGAUGGGACACUGUCCAAUCAGGAUCAGUUCUCUACUUUUACUCGUAUAAUAUGUUGUUGAUGCUCGUGUCUAUAUUUAUCACUGUCUUUACUUAAUUACUCAACUUUCCACUAUCAGUCAGAUCUCCACCACACACCACUAUCAGUCAGAUCUCCACCACACACCACUAUCAGUCAGAUCUCCACCACACACCACUAUCAGACAGAUCUCCACCACACACCACUAUCAGUCAGAUCUCCACCACACACCACUAUCAGUCAGAUCUCCACCACACACCAC